GCUCCUGCUAAGCAAGUCCAAGGGUACCGACGCCGAGGGCCGACAGGAGAUCUUGGUACGCGCCCAACGGUUCCGCCAGGGCGACUGGCUGGCCCUGCAACACGAGGCCAACGCCACGACCGGCGCGCGCGCAACGCCGAGGACCCUCGAGCAGGGGGACUUCCUGGUCGCUCUCUUGGGCGACGUGCACAUCAAGACCGCCCAGGCCAGGGCCAGAGCCGCUUUCGACACCACCACCGCCGGAGCAAUUCACCUCCACGCGAACGCGGUUUGCCACCUCGGCAAGUGCUGGGCUUACAGCAGGGGCGGAGGCGCAGCGCCGCCCGGAAUCGGCGAGCUGGGACAGUACGUCUGA